AGGCGGGCACUGGCGGACGCGAUGACGUCGUACAGUUCAGAGCGUCGCGGAGGCCAGCGCGGCGAAGGGGCCGACCCGGGACACCAGGCUGAGUAGGGGUCACGGCUCGGGGACUUCCCAAGGUCCUGUCUCCCGGCUGCAGUGACUGGGCUUUCACUGGAGCGGAAAGUGCUGGAAGGAAGACCAGCCACCAUGUCCACAUUCCGGCAGGAAGCUGUGGAAGACUACUACGAGAUGGGGGAGGAGCUGGGCAGUGGCCAGUUUGCGAUCGUGCGGAAAUGCCGGCAGAAGGGCACGGGGAAGGAGUACGCGGCCAAGUUCAUCAAGAAGCGCCGCCUGUCGUCCAGCCGGCGGGGCGUCAGCCGGGAGGAGAUCGAGCGGGAGGUGAACAUCCUGCGGGAGAUCCGGCACCCCAACAUCAUCACGCUGCACGACAUCUUCGAGAACAAGACCGACGUGGUACUCAUCCUGGAGCUGGUCUCCGGCGGGGAGCUCUUCGACUUUCUGGCGGAAAAGGAGUCACUGACAGAGGAUGAGGCCACCCAGUUCCUCAAGCAGAUCCUGGACGGCGUCCACUACCUGCACUCCAAGCGCAUUGCCCACUUUGACCUCAAGCCAGAAAACAUCAUGCUCCUGGACAAGGGCGUGCCCAGCCCGCGCAUCAAGCUCAUUGACUUCGGCAUCGCCCACAAGAUCGAAGCCGGGGACGAGUUCAAGAACAUCUUCGGCACCCCGGAGUUUGUAGCUCCUGAGAUCGUCAACUACGAACCCCUGGGUCUGGAGGCGGACAUGUGGAGCAUUGGCGUCAUCACCUACAUCCUUUUGAGCGGUGCAUCGCCCUUUCUGGGUGAGACCAAGCAGGAGACCCUGACCAACAUCUCGGCCGUGAACUACGACUUCGACGAGGAGUACUUCGGCAACACCAGCGAGCUGGCCAAGGACUUCAUCCGUCGGCUGCUCGUCAAGGACCCCAAGAGGAGAAUGACCAUAGCCCAGAGCCUGGAGCAUUCCUGGAUCAAGGCAAUCCGGCGGCGGAACGUGCGGCGGGAGGACAGCGGCCGGAAGCCGGAGCGGAGGCGCCUGAAGACGGCACGCCUCAAGGAGUACACCAUCAAGUCGCACUCGAGCAUGCCCCCCAACAACACCUACAUCAACUUCGAGCGCUUCUCCAAGGUGCUGGAGGAGGUGGCCGCGGCCGAGGAGGGCCUGCGUGGGCUGGAGCACAGCCGGCGGCUCUUCCACGAGGACAUCGAGGCGCUGACGGCCAUCUACGAGGAGAAGGAGGCCUGGUACAGGGAGGAGAACGAGAGCAUCGGCCAGGACCUGCGGCGGCUGCGGCAGGAGCUGCACAAGACCGAGGCGCUCCAGCGGCAGGCGCAGGAGGAGGCCAAGGGUGCCCUGCUGGGGGCCAGUGGGCUCAAGCGCCGCUUCAGCCGCCUGGAGAACCGCUACGAGGCCCUGGCGAAGCAGGUGGCCUCCGAGAUGCGGUUUGUGCAGGACCUGGUGCGCGCCAUGGAGCAGGAGAAGCUGCAGGGCGGGGAGUGUGGCCUCCGCUAGGCCACGCGGGGCGGGUGGGCCCAGGGGGUUCCGGGUGGUGGGUGCCCCCCCAGUAGCCCUGUGGUCAGGCCCCUUCGUCACCCUUGUUCAGCACCAGAGAAUCCCCAGGCUGGGGCUGAGGCGGAAGAGGCUGCGCUGGCCGGGAACUCACAGCGGGGGUGGGGCAGGGGGCUGGGCCGGCUCUGCCAGGGAGACGAGGCCUCAGUUCCUGGACAGCAUGCCUCUCCCUGUCUGACUCCUCUCCUGCAACGCCAGCGAGUGGCAGGAGGGCUGCAGGGGGCGGCGUCACCUCCAUACUCUGAACUCCCGUGGGGGGUCGGUACCUUCAGGACAGAGCUGGCCACGGCAGACACAGGUGCCUCCCACCUGGCCGGGUCACGGGGUAGCAGGCUGGGUCCUAGGUCCGGGGGCCGCAGGUCCGUCCGCACACAGACCAGCCUGGCCAGCACCUUCAGACCCUCCAUGCUGGCCCAGGCAUGCGGCCUUGGGGAGGGAUAGUGGGGACGCACGCACGCCCCAGAGCUCCGGAUUGGCCGGGCCUCUGCCGGACACCCGCCCCCUUCUCUAGAGCGGGGAGGUGGCCCUUUCAGGGCCAGUGGUGGAGGGUCCUCCGAGCCCGGUUCUCCUUAUCCCCCAGCCCCUGAGGAGUGGUCCGUCUGGAGGUGGUGUUGUGGGGAGCACAUCGCCACCCAGACGCAGUGAAGGAGGCGGGUUCCUGGGGGCUGGGGACAGGCGUAAAGCAGCGUCGUCCAUGCUGCAGCCCGCUCCCCCGUGGGGCAGGCUGUGGGGCCAUCCCCGCCCCUUCUUAACGCUGACACACAGCCCCCCCAUGCGCCAAAGCCACCAGCGGUCCCACCCCUGCCUUGGUCUCUCGCCCUGUGCCACCACCCUCGGCCUUGCACCCUUCCCCAGUGCUGUGUUCUGAACCACUGGGGCUCCAGGCUAGCACCCUCGGGGGGACCACAUGGAGCAGGCCCGAAAGGCCUGUGGGCCGGUGUUGUCCUUCUCAGGGCUCCGUCCUGCCCUGUGCCAGGAGACACUGGAUGGACUCUGCGACCCUGCUGCUGGUUCCUGAGCAUCUGGCCCUGACCUCGGCAGGGGCUGAGGAAGGGGCCGCAGCAGGCAGUGCUGCCAUGGGCCACUAGGUGCCACCCUCAAGCAGGGUCCUGCAUGCCCUAAGGUCCAGGCCUUAAGGACACCUAGGUCUCUAGCCAGCGGCCACUCUGGGCCACAUUUUCUGCUGUGCGUUGGGUUAAGUGAGGGACAGCUGUGCAGACAUGUCCCCCCCAUCCCCCCAUCCCCCAGCCUGGCUGAAUGCAGCGGGGAAUCCUACAGGCCGGGCUGGGACUGGUGUUCCUGGUGAGACUGCUGGCUGGGGCUCAGGUCACCUGGACGCUGCUGGGGCCAAGGCAGGGCCUGGGGACUGGCUUUGGGGUCUGGCAGAGGGAUCUGCUGUGUGCAGCCCUGUCCUUGGGGUCUGGGGUGGGACCCCCUGUGUUCCCCUCUGUGAGCUCUGGUGUGUCACGUAUGUACGCCUCUACAAGCACGCGCCCACUGUGAGUUGGAAGGAAAUAAAGCCCCCGUUUUGACCCCCA